AUGGACUUUGACAGACCCCAUUACAGACCCACCACCGCUAAUACAAGCGAAAUCUUCAUUUGUUUAGCCUCUCGUCUUUCUUCCUCUUCCUCCAUGAAACUUUCUAAAUCAAUCCUAAGUCCAGGCCGCGCCGCCCGUGACACUCCGAUUUCUCUCUCCAGCUCACUCAGCCGGAAGCUGCGUACGAAUGGUAGCCUCAAAGGUGGCGCAUCACCAUUUUUCACCACCCCAGGGAAGAAAAAAGGCUGUGCUUUUGAAAACCCAGAGCCCUCUUCCCCUAAGGUCACCUGUAUUGGCCAGGUAAGAGUGAAGACUAAGAAAAAGGUGAAGCAAACGCGUAGCCUCUCCAGAAGGCGGAGUGGAGAAAUUAGUUUUAGGAAACUAGAGCAGGGUCAACAUCAGGCUGUUGAGAGAGUGCGACAAAAUGAAGAUAGAAUUUGCUCUCAAGCACAGAGGUACUCUAAUGUUAGCGCAAAUCAGCAGCAACAAGAUUGCUUGCCGCACAGAAACCAGAGAUGGGUUCAUUUGCCGGUUACAAUAUGUGAAGCGUUAAGGUCUUUUGGAGCUGAAUUUAGCUGCUUGUUCCCUUGCAAAUCUUCGUGUUUCUCCACAAGCGAGAGGGGAAAGGAAGAGAAGCGGAAUGCAUCCAAUGGAUGUGACAAUGAGCAGAGUUCGUGUGGUGCUGUGUUCGCGAGAUGGCUUGUGUCUGUAAAUGAUGGUGAGGGAGGGAAGAGAAGGGAGAUUGAGCUAGUGGUGGGAGGUGGAGAUGAGGAGGAAGUGAAAACAGAUUUGAAAGAGAGGAUGUCAAUGAGGAGUUCAAGAAGGCAUGUUUUGGAGGAUAUUGAGAUUAAAGAUGAUAAAAUUGAAGUGAAGGGUCAAUGUGUAGAGGGAGAAGAAGCAGGGAGGGUGAGUAUCUGUAUACCGCCCAAGAAUGCUCUUUUGUUAAUGAGGUGCAGAUCUGAUCCUAUGAAAAUGGCUGCUCUUGCUAACAAGUUUAGCUGGGAUGCAGAUACUGCUUCUAAAAAUGACGACGUUGAUGACGAUGGAGAAAAUGAUGAUAAAGAGAUGGAAUUAGAGAUUGAAGAACAGUUAGAAGUACAAGAAUGUGAAGUUGCAGAUAAAGUGUAUGAUGAAAUUCCUCAACAAAAUGUUGGCGUAUCAGAUGAACAAGAUAUCGCUGCAGAAUCAGAGACAGAAGUGCCUGAAAAUGUGGAAGAAGUGGUGGAAGAGCUACACAAAAUGGAGGAAUUGUUGAACGAAACAGAGCAAGAACUUGAACAAGAGCCAGAGGUAGAGGUAGACGAGGAUAAAUUGAUUGAAGAGGAGGUUGAAUCAAAUAUGUCUUCAUUCGAAGCUCUUUUAGAUCAAGAAAACACAGAACACUACAAAGAAGAUGGUUGCACGAUUCAACAGGACGAAGUAGAAGAACAUAGCUCACUCUGCAAUUCAUCUUCAUCUGCAGAAUCAGACAAUGAAGAAGAAGAAGACAGUGGAUCAACACAAGAAUCAGCACAGUAUGAAGAAGAAGCUGCAAUGGUGAAAGUAGAAGAAACCCAAGAGGAAACAAGCUACCAUCAUGAAAAACCUCACGAAGAAGAACCAAUUGAAUCAGAAUCCAAAGAAGGAGAAAAUCAAGAAUGGAGUGACACAAAAGAGCCCAAUAAAGAAAUUGAAACCCCUGCAUUGCCUGAAUGUUUACUACUAAUGAUGUGUGAGCCAAAACUGUCAAUGGAGGUCUCAAAAGAAACCUGGGUUUGCAGCACAGAUUUCCGCAGAUGGCUACCAGAGAGGCCAGCAAAUAAAAAAUCCACAAGAAAUGGCUGUGACCAUGAAUCAAUGAAGAAGAAACUCAUCCCCGAUUCUUCUAAGCCUAAACCCAUUUCGACCUGCGAAAAUAAUCAGAAACAGCUCCAGCAACCACCGCGGUCGUCGUGUUCUCUGCCGGCGGCGGCCGCUGCGGCGUCGAUGGCUACGAUGAUUGAAAAGAAGCUGGUGAAUGCCGUGGGCUAUGAGCCGUUUGUGCUCACCAGGUGCAAGUCGGAACCGAUGAGGACGGCGGCGGCGAAGCUGAUGCCGGAGUCUUGUUACUGGAAGAAUGCUAUGAGGAAACUGGAGCCUCACAGACGAGCCACAUUCGGCGUCGGCGCGGCUGGAGUGGGAUUCUGA